GGAGUUAGGGCACUAUAGGUUGAGCAUGACUCCUCAAUCAGGAUCGGGAGGAGGUUCUGAGCAGAGGGAAGACUAUGCCAUUCGAUCAGUGCAAGAGAAGCAUCCAUUUUAGACUUCAAAGCCCGCAAUUGAAGCUUUGGUCUGAUGGCAUUUGAUAAAUAUAUGAUUGUCAGAACCUGGUUUUGAGAGGAAGAUUUGUUCCUGAAGAGACGAUUAAAAUUCUCAAUUGGCUAUGGCAUUGCCCUUGAUUCUAUGUGGUCGACACAUUCAUUUCGGUAAUAUACUACUACAUGUUGACUAAUUAGAAGAGGUCUCUUUGUCUCAUAUAUCUGAGUGAAAUCUACGCCAAUAUACACUUGUUUAUAUAUAUACAUUUUCAUUCUAAUGUCCUGUAGAUUCUUUCUAAUUUAAAAUAGUACAUGCGUGCAUUUAUCCAAUUUAUUUUCAGAAAUACUUAAAAAAAAUUAUAAAUAGAAAAAUGGUGGAAGAAUUUAUGAGAUUUAAUUCUCCUCUCUCACUAUAUAUAUGUAUAGAUAGAUACCAAUAUGGUGGUGUAAAUACACAAUCCCUCCUCCUUGGGACAAAAACGGAAGGAAUGGAGUCCCAUUCGCUUCUCUUUUCUCAAUGCAAACGAAGGAUUUAAAGUCUUUAAGCACAAUACAUAAGAAUAUAUAUAUUAUUGUCGAAAACAGCAAAAUGUUGUUUUCAAAACUUCCAAUUUUCCUGGCACUCUUCAUUCUUUUCUCUUUGUCCCCAACACCAUCUCUCGCAGUCAAAAAGGUAAGCAUUGUCUCAACAUUUUUCUCUACAUAUAUAUAUAUAUAUAUAUAUAUAUAUAUAUGAUGGAAAUUCAUAUAUAUCUUACUGUUUUACUCCUACAAAUUUCUCUUCUAGUCAUGGAUUGGUUUGGACUUUAGCUUAUUUCCUAGUUCUUAUGGACUGGCUUUGAUUAUUUUCCCUUAUUUUUUAUUAUUAUUUUUUUCUUUAUUAGUCAUAUAUUGUGUACAUGGGAGGUCAUUCACAUGGCCGAAAAAUGACAGAGAGAGCUCUCGGCGAGGUAUCAGCUUCUCACUACGAGUUUCUUGGAUCAUUCUUGGGAAGUACAAAGGAGGCCAAAGAUUCAAUAUUUUACUCGUAUAGAGGAUACAUCAACGGCUUUGCCGCUAUGCUUGACGAGGAACAGGCGGUUAAGAUUUCAAAGGAUCCAAAUGUUGUGUCCGUUUUCUUAAAUGAAAGGAUAGAAUUACACACAACACAGUCUUGGAAUUUUCUUUCAUUAGAAAAUAACAAUGGUUUCGUUGACUCGAAUUCCUUGUGGAAGAAGGCCAAGUAUGGAGAAGACAUCAUUAUAGGAAAUCUGGAUUCUGGUGUCUGGCCUGAAUCAGAGAGCUUUAGUGACAAAGGAUAUGGACCCGUUCCAUCAAAAUGGAAUGGAGUAUGUCAGAAUGAUACCAAAGAUGGAUUCCCUUGCAAUAAGAAACUUAUCGGAGUUAGGUACUUAUACAAAGGAUAUGCUUCUUCCAAAGAUGGCCCCAAAGACCAUUGCUCCAAUUGCAGUGCCCGAGACUAUGGUGGCCACGGAACUCACACACUAUCAACGGCAGGUGGGAACUUUGUCUCGGGAGCAAGUGUGUUUGGCAUUGACUAUGGAACUGCAAAAGGUGGUGCACCUAGAGCCCGAGUGGCUGCUUAUAAGGUAUGUUGGUCAACAGGAUGCUCCGAAGCUGACAUCCUUAAAGCCUUUGAUUACGCCAUACAUGAUGGCGUUGAUGUGCUUUCAGUAUCGGUUGGUGGAAAGGCCAGGGAGUACUUCAAAAGUGCCCUUUCAAUUGGGUCAUUCCAUGCUGAUAAGCAUGGCGUUGUAGUGGUGACCUCAGCCGGGAAUGAUGGACCAGCUGAUGGUAGUGUCUCCAAUGUUUCACCAUGGCUACUAACUGUUGCAGCGAGCACCAUGGAUCGUGAACUUGUUAAUUACAUUGACCUGCAUAAUGGAAUGCGCCUCAAGGGGACAAGUAUUACUAAACCAUUGCGAGAAGAUAGAUUCUACCCGCUUCUUACUGGUGCACAGGCUAAAGCUGCCAAUGCUUCUGAUACUGACGCUUUGCUGUGUAAGAAAGAAAAACUGGACCCUCAGAAGGUGAAUGGUAAGAUCUUGGUGUGUCUUAAGGGCGACAACCCGAGAAUGGACAAGAGUGAACAGGCUGCUCAUGCCGGUGCUGUGGGGAUGAUUCUUUGCAAUAGUAAGGAAAGUGGUAAUACACUCAUGGCUGAUGCUCACAGCAUUCCUGCUUCAAAUAUCAAUUAUACAGCUGGUCUUGCUCUUUUUGCCUACAUCAACUCUACCAAUGAUCCGCAGGGUACUAUUAAGGGUAAAGCAGUAGAACUUUACUCAAAGCCUGCUCCAGUCAUGGCUACUUUCUCCUCUAAGGGUCCAAACACUAUUACACCAGAGAUCCUCAAGCCUGAUAUCACCGCACCAGGAGUAAAUGUGAUAGCUGCAUAUACUGGAUCAACUUUGGGAUCCUUUAAUAAGCGCACUACAUUUUUCUUUGAAUCUGGAACAUCCAUGUCUUGUCCUCAUGUUUCCGGAAUUGCUGCCCUUCUCAAAGCAAUCCACCCCGAUUGGAGUCCCGCUGCCAUUAGAUCCGCAAUCAUGACCACCGCAAAAACAAGAGACAACACUCACCGUCCAAUGUUUAAUGGUAGUUCCUCUGUUAAGGCAACGCCAUUCAAUUAUGGUGCUGGACACGUACAUCCAAACCUUGCUGCAGAUCCUGGCUUGGUCUAUGACUUGAAAGUAAAGGAUUACAAGGACUUCCUUUGUGCACUUGGCUAUGAAAAAACUGUAAUUGAGCUCUUUUCAAAGAGUCAUGUAUGUCCCAAUUUUACCAAUCCUCUCAGUAUCUUAAAUCUCAACUACCCUUCAAUAACUGUCCCUAAACUCUCCGGCUCAAUUACCCUGCGUCGAACACUGAAGAAUGUUGGGUCACCGGGUAUCUAUAGAGCUCGUGUUCGUUCCCCACCAGGAUUUUUAGUUAUUGUUCGACCUGAUGUUUUGGAAUUUACGAAGACUGAUGAACAGAAGAACUUUUAUGUGACAGUGAAAGAAGCUAAGAAAACUAAGAGCGGUGGCUAUGCAUUUGGACACUUGUUAUGGUCAGAUGGGGUGCAUAAAGUCAGGAGCCCAAUUGUGGUUGCUAGAGCUGCCCCUGGAACCACUAAGUAGAUGUGUAUACAAACAAAAUGAUCUGGAUUAACUCCAAAAUAAAAAAUAAAAAUUUUAAAAACAUCAUUCCAAUUAUUCACAUCGGGCCAUUUUAGUUUUUUAUUGUCCAUUCUUUAAGAUUUAGGCUUCAUUAAUUUGGGUGUAAAAACAUUUUCAUGUAAAAUGUUUUUUUAGUUUUUAUUUUUCAACGUUUGACAAUGGUCCUGAAAAUAUUUUUAAUAUUUUCAGGUGUUCUCUUAUUUGAUGCAUUGAUUAUUAAAUC